AUGCCACAUCACUCGCCGUCCACAUGUCUCAGCAACAGGCCGCACGAUAACCGUGUCUCAGAUCCAGCAGUGCACUGCAACGCCUGUCUACCGGCCUCCAGAUCGGCGCGAUUCUACCAGAGCCUCUCCCCUGAAAGUCAACAGCGUAUAAAUCGCAUCAACGGGAAGACUCUCGAUCUCAGGUAUCACCUCGAGACCACGCAUCAGGUGUCAACCGCAGGGACUCGUCUUCGAGUCUUCAAGAGCGCAUUGUCCCAAUGGCGCACCGCUACAGGCCGUCAUGCAUACGGGCACGACACCUUUUCACCCAAGAAUGGCGCUGGCUCUAGGCGUUCCCAGACCCCGAGGAGCCCCGACUUUGAAAAGGCAGAUGACUCGGUUGAAAGUCAGAUCAAGGCACCUGUGCUUUACUUCAAAGAUGGACAGCCAUUUGACGUCCCAGGGCUGUCCAAGGCCUUCCCCCAUCAGAAGGUCACGGUGGCAGACCUGAUGUCAGAGGACGAGGCGAGGAACCCCAUCAUGCAGCCGACCGAAGACAACGUCGUCCGGUACUUCCACCUGCCCGCCAACAACAUGAUCUGGGUUGAGGAAGUCAUUGCUCGCUACUACCACGAGAAGCGGCCAGGCCCGGACGGCGUGCUCCACAAGUCAGAAUCGCGAAAACCUCCGUCCAAGACAGAUACGGUGCUCCAACCCCGAUAUUGGCGAGGGCAGCAAAAUUUUGAGGUCGACUCGGAAAUCCACGCUCGCCACAUGAGGCCCUUGUGCUCCGGCAUUUCGGUUGAUCCGGUGGCUUCGGAGCCAAAUCCCAGAACCACGGUGUUGUUUAUGCCCUACCUUCAUUGGGAGACUGAUCGGGGCAGGAAGAGGGCCGCCGAAAUUGCCAAAGAGGCCAACAAGCACAACUUGACUUCCAUCUCUGAUGUUGUCAACCAAGCGAAGAACCGAUUCAGUCACGUUAUCGAGCCCCAAGACCCCAUGGCGCCCGUAUGGGGAUCGCAGUCUGAACCCCCCAUCCUUGGACAUGUCGAGAGGAAAAAGGCCCUUGGCCAGGUUCUCCGUGCUGCGGCGGCCCUGCUCGAGGCAAUGGACUCGCAUGUGGAGGAGCAGCUGAUGAUCAAGUAUCUGCAUGCUGACCCGCCCCUGCAUCCGAGACGGACUCUCGAUCAGGCCUACUACGGCGCCUUGAGGAACACAGGUACCAGGGAUCGGGACCAGGUGGUGUACAGGGGAACGAUGCCCCAGCCACACGACUGCAUCGGGAUGGAUGCUUGUGAUCAGUGCAAGGAGGACAUUCGGAAGACGCCUAGGAUUAUCAUGGUUGACCAGCUGUGGUUGUGGAUACUCGACGAGAAAACCGUCCUCACCAGCUUCCCACGGCGAUGGGGAAGGAGCAGACCCGAUCCCUCGGCCGUCCACAAGAGCCUCCGCAUGCGGCUGCAAUAUGCUCGCCACGGCGAGAUAUCGUCCGCCUACGACCUUGCUUUGGUCAUUGUUGACGAGACGUCCCGGGUUUUCUUCGACAGGACCAAGACCAACACCCCGCAGCCAAACCUCGUUGAGCUCUUCAACGGUGCCAUCCGCGACCUAACUUACAAACAAACAGCAGCCUUCGACCAGUUUCUCAUCUACACACACCUUGCCUCCCGGGACUACAAACGGCAGCGAUACGUCUCGUCCGACAACUCGUCCCAGAACCACCUCCUCAACAUCAACCCCGAAGGGGAGCUGUUGAAAGAGACCAAGGAUAUAGUAGACGAACUCGGAAUAAUCCUUCGUAUUAAGGAGCAGCAGCACGCCGUCAUGGAGAGCCUGACAAAGCAUAUCCGGCGGGUACUAGCACCACUUAUCCGCUUUAAACGGCCCAACACAUCGCAGUCGUCCGCACCUUGGGAUAUCGCACUAGACGCCUCAGUCCACGACGACCCAGCCCGCCUCCUCGACGAACACCGCCGCCAAGCAGCCAAGCACACCCUUCUCAAAGCUGAGACCCUCCUCCUUGACCUCGACGAGCGCGUCUCGGAGUUGCGCACUCUCCUACAAAACGCCCAAAACACCUCCUCCGCGCUCAAAGACCUCCUGACUCUCAAACAGCAACAGGCCGGCGUGAUCGAAGCCCGCGAGGCUGUCAAGCAGGCCCAGCUGACCCUCAAACAGGGCCAGUCCAUCAUGAUCUUCACCAUCGUGACCAUCAUCUUUCUGCCGUUGUCCUUCAUGGCCUCUUUGUUUGGCAUGAACGCCGCCGAGCUCAACGAGGGCCUGCUGCCGCUGUCGACAGAGUUGCGGCUCAUGUUCCCCGUCUCGGCGGGCAUCAUCCUCACGUCGUUCUUGUUUGCCUUCUCGCGGGGCGUGUUUACAAAUAGCGUCGUCAUGUGGGUGCGGAGCGCGGUGAGUUUUGGGUGGAAUACUGCAUGGACGUGGCUGGCGGUGAGGACGGGCAUGUAUGUGGUGGGGAGGGAGAUGCUGGUCAAGGCGAACCGGUUGAGGGAGAGGGAGGGGACGAUCACGGGCGGUAUGAAGGCCGAGGUGCUGAGGCGGGAAAAGAAUCUGGAGAAGAUGCGCGCUGCUGGGCAUGUGAGGGCGCUGGCGAGGCAGAGGGGGAAAGUUGACGCAAGAGGGGGGAGUGGUGAUGGGACGGUUGUUAGUCCGGGCCUGUAUAGUGCGGGCACUCCGGCGAACCCGAGCCCAUUCCUGGCUUCUCGCGGAGGAUCUGUGGCGGACAUUGAGAUGGGAGAGAGGAGCUCGCAGGUUCAUCUUGUUCCAGAGAGGUGA